AUGGGCGUGCGUGUGUUUGUGCAGGAGCGCUCCGCCCGGGUAGGUGGCAGUGGCGACGCCCUGCGGGAAGAAGGGCAACUGCGUGGUGCUGCUACCCUGUGGCGCCCCCUGGCUGAGGUAGCUGCUGCUGCAGAGGGAGGAGAUUGGGAAGAUGUGCGGCAUCUGCUGGAACACCUGUCUCGCCGGCGCCAUCUGGUGGAAGUAGUAACUGGACACGUGUCCGCCGCCGCCACAGCUGCCACGGCAACCACAAGCGCCGCAGCCCAUAGGCUGUUGCUGCUGGGGGUGAAAGCCGCUGUUGAUGAGAAAGUAGGAAAGAACUAUUACAGCUACACUGCCAAGAAGUACAAGAGCCAAAUAGUGGCAGGGACCAAUUACUUCAUCAAGGUUCAUGUAGGAGGAGACGACUACAUCCACAUCCGUGUGUUUGACCCACUUCCCGUAUAUGGCAACAAGAAGGAGCUGGGCGGUGUCCAAACCAACAAAACUGAAUCUGAUGAGAUUACCCUGAACCUUAACAAAGUUGAGGGUGAUGUCCAUGUUGGCUUCAACAAGCUCUUGGCUGAACUCAACAAAGACGGAGCCCCAUAUGCACUGAGUCUGGCCAAUCGCCUCUAUGGAGAGAAGACCUACAAGUUUGUUGAGAAAUUCCUUGAUGACACUAAGACACUCUACCUUGCCGAGUUGGAGGCUGUUGACUUCAUCUCAAAUGCAGAGGCGGCCCGAGUAAAAAUCAACAAAUGGGUGGAGAAAAAGACACAAGAGAAAAUCAAGGAUCUGUUGGCUAAAGGGGAUGUGGAUGAUGAAACAAGACUUGUGCUGGUAAACGCCCUCUACUUCAAAGGCGACUGGGAGAUGAAGUUCUACAGGGGCAAUACCACUGAAGUACAAUUUAAGAUCAACAAGAAUGAAAGUAAGCCUGUGCAAAUGAUGCAUCAGACGGCUACAUUCCCCUUUACCUACGUCCCCGAUGUCGACUGCCAGAUUCUGGAACUCCCCUAUGAGGGUAAAGACAUGAGCAUGCUCAUUAUGCUCCCAAACAACAUGGAGGACAACACCACUGGACUGGAGAAGCUGGAGCAGAUGCUCACGUAUGACAAACUUGUGGAGUGGACCAGGCCUGACAUGAUGCACACCGUGGAGGUCAAGGUGGGUCUCCCCAGGUUCAAGCUGGAAGAGACCUAUGACCUCAAGGAGAUCCUGGUCAGCAUGGGCAUGGUGGAUACCUUUAGCCCCCAGAAGUGUGACUUCUCCGGCAUGUCCUGCAACAAUCUGGUUCUGUCCAAGGUCGUGCACAAGUCCUUUGUGGAAGUGACCGAGGAGGGCACUGAGGCAGGCGCAGCUACAGCUGUCACAGCUACACUUACCAGUAUGCCUCUGAUACAAAAAAUGUUCAUGGCGGACCACCCCUUCCUCUUCUUCAUCCGACACAACCCCACACAGAGCAUCCUCUUCUAUGGCCGCUACAGCUCCCCUUAAGCUGAGGCUAGAGUGGUAAAGAAGUCUACAUAGAAAGAUGUCUCAGGAAUGUCUGAAGAGAUCCUGUGUCUGACUAACUACCUGUAACCUAAAGUCUUACUAUAA